AUGUCUCAGCUGGUGGAGUGUGUCCCCAACUUCUCAGAGGGGAACAACCAGGAGGUGGUCGAUGCCAUUUCCCGAGCCAUUGCUCAGACCCCAGGUUGUGUGCUGCUGGACGUGGAUGCAGGACCCUCCACCAACCGCACCGUCUACACCUUUGUGGGGCAGCCAGAGUGUGUGGUUGAGGGGGCCCUCAGUGCCGCGCGGACGGCCUCACGGCUCAUCGACAUGAGCAGGCAUAGGGGGGAGCACCCUCGAAUGGGUGCCCUGGAUGUCUGCCCCUUCAUCCCGGUGAGGGGUGUCAGCAUGGACGACUGUGUGCUCUGUGCCCAGGCUUUUGGUCAGCGGCUGGCGGAGGAGUUGAAUGUGCCAGUGUAUCUCUACGGUGAGGCGGCAAGGACAGCCAGUCGCCAAACCCUGCCAGCCAUUCGGGCUGGGGAGUACGAGGCCCUGCCUGAGAAGCUCCAGCAGGCUGAGUGGGCGCCUGACUUUGGCCCCAGUUCCUUCGUUCCCAGCUGGGGUGCCACCGUCACAGGUGCUCGGAAGUUCCUCAUCGCCUUCAACAUCAAUCUGCUCAGUACAAAGGAGCAGGCUCACCGCAUUGCCCUCAACCUGCGGGAGCAGGGCCGGGGGAAGGACCAGCCAGGACGUUUGAAAAAAGUUCAGGGCAUCGGCUGGUACCUGGAUGAGAAGAACCUGGCUCAGGUGUCCACCAACCUCCUGGACUUUGAGGUCACUGCACUGCAUACGGUCUAUGAGGAGACCUGCAGAGAAGCGCGGGAACUGAGCCUCCCAGUGGUGGGCUCGCAGCUGGUGGGCCUGGUGCCCCUGAAGGCCCUGCUGGAUGCUGCUGCUUUCUACUGCCACAAGGAGAACCUGUUUGUGCUGGAGGAGGAGCACCGAAUCAGGCUGGUCGUGAACCGGAUGGGUUUGGACUCCUUGGCGCCCUUCAACCCUAAGGAGCGGAUCAUCGAGUACCUGGUCCCCGACAGCCCGCCCGGGCAGAGCCUGCUGGACAAGUCCCUGCGCGCCUUCGUCCGCGAGGUGGGCGCCCGCUCGGCGGCGCCCGGGGGCGGCUCGGUGGCGGCGGCCGCUGCGGCCAUGGGCGCGGCGCUGGGCUCCAUGGUGGGCCAGAUGACCUACGGGCGGCGGCAGUUCGAGCACCUGGACUCCAAGAUGCGGCGCCUGAUCCCGCCCUUCCACGCGGCCUCGGCCCAGCUGGCCUCGCUGGUGGACGCCGAUGCCCAGGCCUUCACCGCCUACCUGGAGGCAAUGAAGCUGCCCAAGAACACACCUGAGGAGAGGGACAGUCGCACAGCUGCCCUGCAGGAGGGGCUGAAGCAGGCCGUCGCUGUGCCAUUGGCACUCGCAGAGACAGUGUCACCACUGUGGCCUGCGCUUCAGGAGUUGGCCCUGUGUGGGAACCUGGCCUGCCGGUCAGACCUGCAGGUGGCGGCCAAAGCCUUGGAGAUGGGUGUGUUUGGUGCAUACUUCAAUGUGCUUAUCAACCUGAGAGAUGUGACUGAUGACGUGUUUAAGGACCAGAUCCGCCAGCGUGUGUCCAGUCUCCUGCAGGAAGCCAAGACCCAGGCUGCACUGGUGCUGGACAGCCUGGAGACCCGUCAGGAAUGACAGCAGCAGAAGACCUCCCUAGAUGGCACAAUUCCCAGUGGCCCUCACCUACCCUGAGGGACCUAGGUUUCAUUUCAGUGGAGCUCAACUGUGACCUCAGCUACGUUAGGAUGGGGGU